UUUGCGAAAAAGGAAUCUGAUCUUAAUGGAGCCCAAGUCAAACUUCGAGAGUAUGAAGCAGCCCUCAAUUCUAAAGAAGCUGCACUCGCCACAGCUCUUGGUGAUAAGAAAAGUCUGGAGGGAGAAAUUCAGGAUUUAAAAGAUGAAGUUGUACAGUUUGAAGCCUCUCUAGGUGCUGCCAGGGACCAGCUUGCCAGUGAAACCUUACAGAAGGUGGAUCUUGAAAACCGUUGUCAGAGUCUCAUUGAGGAGUUGGAAUUCCGUAAAAAUAUGUAUGAAGAGGAAAUCAAUGAAACAAAGAGGAGGCAUGAAACUCGCCUGGUUGAAGUUGAUUCUGGGCGUCAAACUGAGUAUGAAUAUAAACUGACCCAAGCCCUUCGUGAAAUAAGAGAGCAGCAUGAUGCACAAGUGAAGCUGUACAAAGAAGAGCUUGAACAGUCUUACCAUGCCAAACUUGAGAAUGCUAGGCUGUCCUCUAAGAUGAGUGAUUCUGCAGCUGACUCCGUAAGAGAAGAACUGAAUGAAAGUCGCAUACGAAUUGACAGUCUGUCUUCUCAUCUCGCCAGCCUUCAGAAAGAGUCUAGAGCAUGGCAAGACAGAGUGCAAGAGCUUGAGGAAAGCUUGGCCAAGGAACGGGAAAACUGUCGCAAAAUACUGUCUGAGAAAGAGAAGGAUAUGGCAGAGAUAAGAAAUCAGAUGCAGGAGCAGCUGAAUGACUACGAACAACUUCUGGAUCUUAAGCUGGCACUCGAUAUGGAAAUCGAAGCAUACCGGAAACUGCUGGAGGGUGAAGAGGAGAGAUUGAAACUUUCUCCAAGCCCCUCUUCCCGAGUGACAGUUUCACGGGCUUCAUCAAGCCGUAGCGUGCGUACAACCAGAGGGAAGAGGAAGAGGGUUGAUGUGGAGGAAUCUGAAGCCAGCAGUAGCGUGAGCAUUUCCCACUCAGCUUCUGCCACUGGAAAUGUCUCUAUUGAGGAGAUAGACGUUGAUGGAAAAUUCAUCCGCUUGAAGAACACCUCUGAACAGGAUCAACCUAUGGGAGGUUGGGAGCUGAUCAGAAAAAUAGGAGACACUUCUGCUAGUUACAGAUAUACCUCAAGAUACAUACUAAAGGCAGGCCAAACUGUUACAAUCUGGGCUGCAAAUGCUGGAAUAACUGCUAGCCCUCCCACUGACCUCAUCUGGAAGAACCAGAAUUCUUGGGGCACUGGUAAAGAUGUGAAAGUUGUACUGAAAAAUUCUCAGGGAGAGGAGGUUGCUCAGAGAAGCACUGUCUUUAAAACAACUAUACCUGAAGGGGAAGAGGAAGAAGUUGAGGAAGAAGUAGCUGAAGCUCUGGAGGAAGAAGACCUUCACCACCAGCAGGUGGGCCCAAGGACAUCUAACAGAAACUGUGCGAUCAUGUAAACUUCCAGUCAGCCAGGUUCCUCAAAUCAUGGUAAUCCUUGCCUACAGAGCAGAGUCUUCUUGGAAGCACAACGUAUUUUUGUAUUUUCUGUAUGUGAAUUUUUAACCUGCGAAUCUGAUGGCCUUAAUUUCCUUUGCCACUGAAAAGGAAGUUUUAUAAGAAGUAUCUGUAACUUUCGUGCAGGAUGUGAAUUAAUGACCCUUGAACAACGUACUGUUUGAAAAAUGAUGUCCCUCUGCCCCAGAUUUAUAUGCCAGUCUUUUUAUUAAAACCUUGUUGGAAUAGAAAUAUUCCACUGUUUUGGGGAUCGAUUUUUAUUGGAACCUUGCUGGAAUAGAAAUAUUCCAAUGUGUUUUGGGGAUUGAUUUUCUUAGACUACACCUAGACUAGCCAGUUGCUGUUGACCUCUUUAUAUUUAGGUGCUGUUGGGGAAGGGAUUUUCGAUACUAUGAACUCUUUUGUACUGGAGACUUGUUUUUUCCUACAAUACCUAUACGACUUUUUUUUAAUAGAAAAGAACAGCUUUCUUUAAAAAAAAAAUAAUAAAAAAACCAAUCAAACAAAACCAAAUUAAAACAAAAAAAAUAUAAAAACAAAAAACCAUAGCCCAGCUGAUAAUGUAAGCACUCAGAGGAUGAAGGAUGCAGUAAAACUCCUUGUUGGUACUCUUUUCCUUUAUUUAGAUUUCUUAUUCUGGAGGAGGAUUCAUGUUAAACGUAUUAGUUGUGUUGCUAUAAGAUAGUGUAACCAGCUUAAAUUCUCUUACAUAAUUUUUUAACAGAUAGAAGGCUGUUUUAAUAUGAAUUGUCUUGCUUGUUUACAAUUUGUAGGAAACAACCACUUCUAGGGGUCUAGUCUACAUUUAUAUGGAAAACAAUUGUAAUUUUGUCAAUGUGGAAAGUUUUUCUGUCCUUUCUGCAUUAACCUAAUGUCUGAAAAAGCUUUGAAUAAAGUAUCUCUGUUUAAGAUGUUAUCAAGUAAA